AGGUCCUUCCAAAAUGGUACACUCCCACUCCACAUUCGUAUAGAAAAGAGGCUUCGCAUUUCGCAAGGUUGUGCAAGCAGAAAUUUCGAUCACUAUGGUUAGGGUUGUCAAGGAGAUUCUGAUUCGAGCCGAGGAUGAUGUUCGUUUUUCAUCCCCCAUGGAAGGUAGACCGAUCAUUGGUGGUGCCUGUGCGCAACAUGAUAAAUCUUCGACUGCAGUGAAGAUUCAAGAUGGUUAUGUCCUUUCGAACAGCAUGGCAAAGCACCUACUCGCGCAAGCCUUCCCCGAUUGUCAGGAGAAACAGCUACAGGGGCACGUUGAGGAUGUCUCGGUGGUGCGGAAAAUGGGUGCUGCCGCUGGUUAUGGCGAAAUUCCCUUCGCCUCCGCCGCAAAGCUGCUCCGCCGGCUCGAGUUGACACAAGAAGAUACGUUUUUCGAUUUGGGCAGUGGGGUAGGAAAGUUCUGUCUUCAGGCAUUCCUGGCACAGAAGGUCGGAUCUAUUGUCGGCGUCGAGAUGGGGCCAACGCGACACGCCGCUGCAAUCGCCGGACGCCAGGCACUUGCAGGGUUGCUCUCUUCACUCGAUGCGCAGCUGGAUGCCGGUUUUUGUGCUGGUGGGGUACAGGUGCUCGGUGGACGACCUUCGACCAAUUCCAAUUUUUUGCAGCAAAAAGGUCUCGGAGCAUACCAUUGUCGUCGGUCCGCUGCCAUGCAGUCCCAAAACUUUGACUUCGACGUUGCCCUGAUAGACGGCAGAUGGACUGUCGUAAUGCCACACGCGGAUCCCCAAGCUCCGUGUCGUAAAAUCGCGACAAGACCAGAGGAAGGGUCGGCAAAAUCAUCGACCUGUUUCGCAAUGAACAGCAAUCAUGCAGCUGGAUGCGCGACAAAACCAAAAGACGUCGAGCCGGAAUCGCGUGCGGCCCUUUGGCAGCGGCAGAACUCAUACGUGUUUCGCCGAAUGAGUCGCAGGCUGCUGAGUGGCGGCGUCGACUUUCGAUGUGUCGACAUGCAUUCUGCAAACUUGCGUGCGGCCACUGUUAUCUACUGUGCCUCGGCUCUGUUUUCAGACCAGUUCCUACUCAGUCUGCUUGCGAAGCUAUCGCGGGAAGCCACAAGCUUGCGGUGGUUGCUCACGCUAAGUCGUCUGCCGGAGGGACAAUCGUGUGAGAGAAAUACCAGCAGUACGGAUGAAAGGGACGGUGCGGAGAAUGGCAUGGUGCUGCUGUCAGCUGCGCCGCGUGUCGUGGCUCAGGCAACUGCGGCACGCCCACACAGUAGUAGGACCUACUUCUCGAAGGGUUCCGCAGCCACUCUGCAGCGUGCGCGAAGCAUUGCCGCGGCGAGUAAAUACGAAGUGCGGAAAAGCGAAUCCAUACAAAAAAUAGACUGUGGAGGCCAGUCGCGCAGCAGUUGCAACAACGCGGCGCCUGCUCAACAGUCUGAAGCCGCAAGCAGAACAACAACAACAAGCGGAGGCAACGGCUCGGCGAAGCGUAAAGAAAGUGGCUUGAUCGAGGACGGCGCAACAACUCCUAGUACCCCCGGCAUUAUGUCUAGGGAAAGCGAAGGCGCGCACGAUUUUUUAGCCGGGAUGCGUGCGAGACUUAACAGAGCUGUGUAUUCCAAGAAUAAUAAAGCCGCUUCUUGUAGUAGUGACGUUCAAAAUGGGGCAGCGGAAACCGCCUUACCCAGCAAACGCAGAGUAUACGAGAGCUCAGGUACAGCAUCGGAGAUGCCAAAAGCCAAGGACUUCCGGGCCCUGCCGCUGGAUCCACCAGCUGCGCGAGGGGCCAAUGACCAAUCCCGGAGUACGAUGGUGCUAACCCUUGUGGAAAUUUGGAACCUUCCGCAGUCAUGGACCGAAUCCGGAACUGUUUUCCUUUACCGAUGCCACCGAGUAGAGUCCUGAAAUCAAUGCUACCGAAGGAAGUUUUACUGGGGAAGGAGAAAAGCGAACGCUUUUUUUUGGUCGUAUCUAUGCGUGACUAAGUUUACUACUUGCCAGACCGUACUCCGACCACACUUUUUCCGUCGUGCGCCGUCGGUUCUGCUCCGCGCUAUGACUUCACCGAUAGGAUAGAGGAACGUGUUCCAUUGAUUCAAAAAGAAAAAGGAAAUCGCUCUUUGGCAAAUGCGGUGUGCUUUUGCCUAAAAAUUAAAUUUAAAGCUUCUCUUGUACCCAUGUAAUGAACGGGACCUCCGCCCCCGUUCGAUCUUGUAGUUCCAUUGUAUUCAUGAUUGUGAAAAAGAACCAUCCACGGGUCCGCCGACAAGGGAAAGUCCCGCGCUUGUCGAAGUUCAAGGAGGAAAAACAGGAAAAAAUGGUGGGCGCUAC